AUGGCCGACGACGCCCUCUCCAUCUACGACGAGAUCGAAAUCGAAGAUAUGACCUUCGACCCAGCCCUCCAAAUCUACACAUUCCCCUGCCCAUGCGGCGAUCGCUUCGAGAUCGCAAUCGAUGAUCUCCGCGAUGGCGAAGAGAUCGCUGUCUGCCCGAGUUGCAGUCUUAUGAUUCGGGUUAUCUUUGACGUGGCGGAUCUACCUAAGGCGGAUAAUGCGCAGCCGGGCACUGUCGCUGUGCAGGCUUGA